AUGCUCCUGCCACCAGUGCACUAUACUACCACCUAUGCUCCUACCACCAGUGCCACUGCUCCUACCAGUGCCACUAUGCUCCCUACCACCAGUACCACUAUGCUCCUACCGUGCCACAUGCUCCUGCCUCCAGUGCCACUAUGCUCCUGCCACCAGUGCCACUAUGCUCCUGCCACCAGUGCCACUAUGUCCCUGCCUGGUGCCAUAUGCUCCUGCCGUGCCACUGUCUCCUGCCACCGGUGCCUUGCCCUGCCACGUGCACUGUACUGCAAGUGCCACUAUGCUCCUGCCACCAGUGCCACUAUGCUCACCACCGGUGCCACUAUGCUCUACCACCAGUGCCACUAUGCUCCUGCCACCAUGCCACUAUGCUCCUGCCACCAGUGCCACUGUCUCCUGCCACAGUGCCACUAUGCUCACCACCAGUGCCACUAUGCUCCUACCAGCCACUGUCGCCUAUGCUCCUGCCUCCGUGCCUGUGCUCCUGCCACCAGUGCCACUGUCUCCUGCAUCGUGCCAUAUGCUCCUGCCACCAGUGCCACUAUGUCACCUCCAGUGCCACUAUGCUCCUGGUGCCACAUAUGCCACCAGUACCACUAUGCUCCUGCAGUGACUAUGCUCCUACCACCGGUACUAUGCUCCUACCUCGGUGCCACUAUGCUCCUGCCAGUGCCACUAUGCUCCUACCACCAGUGCCACUGUCUCCACCACCAGUGCCACUAUGCUCCUGCCACCAGGUGCCACCAUGCUCCUACCCCUGCCCCAGUGCCGCUAUGCUCUACCGGUGCCACUAUGCUCCUCCAGUGCCACUAUGCUCCUGCCACCAGUGCCACUAUAUCCCUCCACCAGUGCCACUGUCUCCUGCCACCAGUGCCACUGCUCCUACCAGUGCCACUAUGCUCCUGCCACCAGUGCCACUAUGCUCCUGCCUCCCAGUGCCACUGCUCCUACCACCAGUGCCACUAUGCUCCUACCUCCAGUGCCUAUGCUCCUACCACCAGUACCACUGUCUCUCCCUGCCACCAGUCCCUAUGCUCCUACCUCAGUGCCACUGUAUACCACCAGUGCCACUAUGCUCCUACAGUGCCACUACUCCUACCACCAGUGCCACUGCUCCUACCACCAGUACCUAUGCUCCUACCAUCUCCCUACCACCAGUGCCACUAUGCUCCUGCCUCCAGUGCCACUAUGCUCCUGCAGUCACUAUGCUCCUACCACCAGUGCCACUAUGCUCCUGCCUCCAGUGCCACUGCUCCUGCCAGUGCCCUAUGCUCCUCCCGUGCCCUGCUCCUACCUCAGUGCCAUUAUGCUCCUACCACCAGUGUCACUGUGCUCCUGCAGUGCCACUGCUCCUACCACCAGUGCCACUGUCUCCUACCUCCAGGUGCCACUAUGCUCCUACCACCAGUGCCACUAUCUCCUGCCCAGUGCCACUGUCUCCUGCCUCAGUACCACUAUGCUCCCUACCUCCAGUGCCCUUCUCCUGCCACCAUGCACUAUGCUCCUACCACCAGUGCCCUAUACUCUACCACCAGUGCCUAUGCUCCUGCCACCAGUGCCACUUUGCUCUCCAGCAGUGCCACUAUGCUCCUGCCACCAGUGCCCUUUCUGCUCACUACCACCAGUACCACUAUGUUCUACCACCAGUGCCACUAUGCUCCUACCAGUUCCCUGCCUUACUGCCUCCAGUACCACUAUGUCUACCAGGUACCACUAUACUCCUACCACCAGUUACUAUGCUCCUCCCAGUGCCACUACACUCCUGCCACCAGUGCCACUAUGCUCUACCAGUGCCACUGCACUCCUACCACCAGUACUGCCACUAUGCUCCUACCAGUGCCACUGUCUCCUGCCUCCAGUGCCUAUGCUCCUGCCACCAGUCACUAUGCUCCUGCCACCAGUGCACUAUGCUCUACCACCAGUGCCACUAUGCUCCUGCCUCCAGUGCCACUGUGCUCCUGCCACCAGUGCUAUGCUCCUGCACCAGUGCCACUAUGCUCCACCACCAGUGCCCUAUACUCCUGCCACCGGUGCCACUAUCUCCUGCCACCAGUGCCACUAUCUCCUGCCACGGUGCCACAUGUCCUGCCUCCAGUGCCUGUCUCCUACCACCAGUGCCACUAUGCUCCUGCCACCAGUGCCACUAUGCUCCUACCUCCAGUGCCACUAUGCUCCUGCAGUACCACUAUGCUCCUGCCACCAGUGCCACUAUGCUCCUACCACCAGUGCACUAUGCUCCUACCUGCAGUCACUAUACUCCUACCACCAGGCCACUAUGCUCACCAGUCCUAUGCUCCCCCAUGCCACUUCUCCUGCCACCAGUGCAUAUGCUCCCUCCAGUGCCACUAUGCUCCCUACCACCAGUGCCACUAUGCUCCUACCUCCAGUACCACUAUGCUCCUGCCAGUCACCAUGCCUGCAGUGCCACUAUGCUCUACCACAGUGCCACUAUGCUCCUCCACCACCAGUGCCACUGUAUGCUCCUGCCUCCGGUGCCACUAUGCUCCUGCCACCAGUGCCACUAUGCUCACCACCGGUGCCACUGUGCUCCUGCCCCAGUGCCACUAUGCUCCUACCUUGCGGUCACUAUGCUCCUGCCACCAGUGCCACUAUACUCCUGCCACCAGUGCCACUAUGCUCCUGCCACCAGUGCCUGUGCUCCUGCCACCAGUGCCACUAUGCUCUACCUCCAGUGCCUGCUCUACCUCAGGGUGCCACUUUCUCUCCUGCCUCCAGUGCCACUGCUCUCCCUGCCACUCCAGUACCACUAUGCUCCUGCCUCCAGUGCCACUGUCUCCUGCCACCAGUGCCACUAUGCUCUCCAGUGCCACUAUGCUCCUGCCUCCAGUGCCACUAUGCUCCUGCAAUUACCACUAUACUCCUACCACCAGUACCACUAUACCUCCUACCACCAGUACCACUACCUCUACUCCCACUCAUACUCCUACCACCAGUACCACUAUACUCCACCUCCAGUCACUGUCUCCUACCACCAGUACCACUGCUCCUACCACCAGUACCACUAUCCCUACCACCAGUGCCACUGCUCCUGCCUCCAGUGCUACCACCAGUACGCCUCCUACCUCCAGUACCACUACUCCUACCUCCAGUACCACUAUCUCCUACCUCCAGUACCACUAUGCUCCUACCAGUACCACUCCUGGUGCCACUCCUACCACCAGUACCACUCCUACCUAUGCUCCUACCACCAGUACCACUAUGCUCCUGCCACCAGUACCACUAUACUCCUACCACCAGUGCUAUACUCCUACCACCAGUACCACUGCUCCUGCCUCCAG